AAUAACAAUUGAACUGCUUUUAUCUACAGGUUUUGAUCAUCAGCAUCAAUAGGCACUAUGCUCCAACUUGUCAUCGUUUUGGUGUUUUCUUAUCACUCCUGUUAUGGCAGCAGUUCAGAGGACCCGCUUUACAGCACUACUUAUUAUGAUAUUGAUGAUGAGACCUCAUCUGUUUAUAAUCAUGCAUAUCCUACAUACCUCUUGACCGUUGGCGAGCUAAAUCGGGACGACUUCUUUCCUGCUGAUGAACUUGCUGACAGUAAUAGAUUUUCCAGCUACGAUGACGAACUUACUCCAGAUGAUGAAUUCAGCUCUAAUGCAAUUGGCAGUCCUUCGUCUUCUGUUAGAGUGAUUAAUAUAGACGAUUUCGGAGCUAACCAUAAUGGCGACGGAACAGAUGCUAACGAGGCAUUUGAAAAAUCUUGGAAGGAAGCAUGUUCAUCCUCGACGGGAGCAGUUCUAAUUUUGGUUCCUUCUAACAAGAGAUAUCUUCUUAAACCAAUCAAAUUCUAUGGUCCUUGCGAGUCUCCGAUUACAAUGAUGGUCUAUGGAACCAUUGAAGCUUCUGCUGACCGAGACGAUUACAGAAGAGACAAUAGACACUGGAUACUUUUCCGGAAUGUUCGAAACUUGAAAAUUGAAGGAGGGGGGACUUUUAAUGGCAAAGGAGAUAUUUGGUGGAAAAAUUCAUGCAAAAUUGACAAAUCUCGCCCCUGCGUCACUGCACCAACGGCCUUAACCUUCUACCAAUGCCAAAAUUUGAGGGUAAAGAACAUAAGAAUCAGAGAUUCGCAACAAAUACAUACAUCUUUCGAGAAAUGUUUGGAUGUUGAAGCUAUCAAUCUUUUGAUUUCUGCUCCAGGAUUAAGUCCGAACACUGAUGGGAUUCAUGUUGGUAACACCCGAAGAAUGCAAAUACGAAACUGCAUUAUAAGAACAGGUGAUGACUGCAUAUCGAUAGUAAGUGGAUCUGAAAAUGUUCAUGCCACGGGCAUAACAUGUGGACCAGGACAUGGAAUCAGUAUUGGAAGCUUAGGAGCGGGUAAAUCAGAGGCUCAUGUUUCAAAUAUAUUGGUCGAUACAGCAAGACUCACAGGAACGACUAACGGAGUCAGGAUCAAGACAUGGCAGCAGGGAGGAAAAGGCAAAGCAAACAACAUCAUCUUUCAAAACAUUCUAAUGCAGAAUGUGACCAACCCUAUAAUCAUAAAUCAGAACUAUUGUGAUCAGGCUGAUCCCUGCAAUGAGCAGGAAUCAGCUGUACAUGUAUCAAGUGUGGUGUACAAGAAUAUUCAAGGAACAAGUGAUACAGCUGUAGCAGUGAAGUUUGAUUGUAGUAAAAGUUUUCCUUGUAGUGCUGUUGUGCUACAGGAUAUUAACCUUGUACGUGCAGGAGGAACUCAAGCAAAAGCAUUAUGCAACAACGUCUAUUUUGAUCAAUUGGGGAAGGUUUUUCCCAAAUGCCCCUGAAUGAGAAGAAAUACAUGUGGAAACUGUUGUAAUAAUACAGUAAUGAUUUGUUGUAACGUUUUAGUUUUUGUUGGAAAUAUAAAUUGGCUUUAAUAGGAAUUAAGUCAAGG